CAGAACAGUUUAGAAUAUUAUUUCAAGAAAUCAAAGGCACUCCUUAUGAAAGUUACGUGGUGAGAAAAAUGUACCUUAUCGACAACGAGUCUCCAACUGGAAGCGAGUUUCAGGAAACACUUGAACAAGAUAUUAAUGGAUUUCUGAAAGACAUGCAAAACACGAUUCCACUUACAUGGUAUAAAUUUCAACAUCUAUUAGAGGAGAUGGGUCAACAGAAAAUUCAUGUAGCUUAUGAUGAGGUGUGUAAAUUAGCCACUCAGUGCGGAAUUUCAAAAGAGAAUCUCAAACAUACUCUCAACUACUUACACGAUCUUGGAAUUGUCAUGCACUUCAAACAAAACAGACAACUAAGAGAUAUAGUGGUAUUAAACCCAUGGAAGGUGAAUAAUAUUACCGAGAAACUCAUCACAGCAGUGAAUGCUAACAACAAGAUGAUCCAAAUAUGGAAUAAACUUGAUUAUGAAGGUAUAUUAGAGGAACAGUUAAUCAGAUAUAUUUGGAGCGAAGAACUUGCCGAAGAUGAAACUACCUUUAAGGUCUUCUUGAACUUGAUGAAACAGUUUGGACUACUGUGCGAACAGAUCAAGAACGAAAAGAACGCAUCUCGCUCGUUUUUCGUACCAUGCCGACUGAAAUGUAGCGGGGAGGAAAUGACUUGUACACCGGACAAUGAUCAGAUGGUAUCUAUCUACAUAAUUUCCGAUGGAUUUCUACUCGAUACUAUCUUUCAUCGUUUAGUUGUCAAGUUGAUUGAAAUGGUUAAAGCUAAAGGCUACACGACUGCACCCGAGUUAUUCUACAACAAGGCAACCAUUAAGUUUGGACAUCACACUCUCAGCCUAGGUCAAUUAAUCAUCGAUAACAAGCCCUGCGUGAAGCUUGAAAUAUCAGUCAAUGGUAAGCCUACAGAUACUGGGACAGGAGAACUAAGUCCUAUUGUGUGCAUGCAGGUGUUGGAGUAUUUGAAGAAAGAGUUGAAAACGUUGACGCGUGGAAUUAAGCACCCUGGUUAUGUACUUCGUGUCAUGUGUUGGUCAGACUUGCAAGAUCACUUUCAUGAUAUGGAAGAGUGUUUAAACAACGCUUGUAUCCAAUGCGUGAAGGGAUUUCAAGAAACCAACAAACUACAGAAGCUGUUCAAGAAUAUGACAUGUCAUGUCUAUCUAGCAGAUAAUGAUCUACACAGUAUCAAACAAGGCAUGGGAGAGGACUGGAAACUGCUGGGGGUCAGACUGGGCCUCAAGUGGAGGAGGAUAAAUCAGAUGUUGAACUGUAACCGGCAGCCGGAUUGUCCAAUAAUGGAUAUGCUUAUAGAAUGGAGGAGUAUACAGAAGUACGAGACAAAUCAAGUGGAGGUAAUGGACAAGGCUUUGAAAGAUCAUGGACUCACAUGUCUUGCUGACUCGCUCUUUGCCUCACAGCGCCAUGUAACAUCAGGAGAACAAAGUACAGUACAAACAUCACAUCAAAUUGAACGGGAAAAAGAUGGUUACUUGGCAGAUAUUGAUAUGUUGAUUAUCGCUAAGAAUCUUGAUAACGAUUGGAAAUCGCUUGGCCACAUUCUUGGCUUUGAGUAUUUUGAAUUAUCCCAAAUUACGUCUCAAUUUGGACCAUCAAUUGUUGAAGCCAGUUUAGAAAUGUUGGUGAGAUGGAGAGAUAAACAAAAGGCUAAUGUAAAUCACCUCGAAUCGAUAAAGUGUGCAUUGACUAAAUUCCAACACAAUGCUCUCAAGGAAGCCCUUAAAACCUACUACCAAGAAAAAUACAAUUAUUAAUUGGUAUAAAGAUGAUGUAAUGCAGCCCGUGAUAACUGAUUAAACAAAAUCAAUGGUGGCUUUUAUGAUAAUUACAAUGUGAUUAGACAUCUAUAUUACUAUAAAAACAUUGUAUUUUGUUUGUUAUUACCCACACUAGUAUUAAACAACCAACUAAUGCAAAGGGGUCGGCCAAUUCUUUUAUUUGUAGGCUAUAGUGUGGUAUGUAUACAAUGUGUGAUAAUAUUUUUUGUAAUCUGCCUAUCACCACUAUCUUUUAUAAUAUUUUACUUUUAUUUGUACAGAUUAUAUAAAAGAGAAUCCAUCAUUUCUUGAUUUAUCAGUUCAAAAUCCAAAUUAUUAUAUAUUAUAUUGCAUUAUACAAAGAUACUCAGUGAUGGGUUCAGUUCCUUUCGUUGGUUAUAAUAUAAGAUGCUAUUAAUACUCUUAUGUAUUUAAUAGCAUCUUCAGCCUGGAUGACACAAUAAUUUAUGGUGGUCUAUUUCACUGUAAUUAUUGUUUACAUUUGUAAUUUAUUAGUCAUUGUUCUUAGGUAUGUAUGUUGUU